CUUACGUACAAUCCUCUGCUUUAUGGUCUGCCAUUCAAUAUGGACAUCAGGAAUACGAUAGUGCGACAACGUCUGCUUUUGUCGAGAGAUUUUGUCCAGAGACUUACACAUUUCACUUACCUUUUGGAGAGAUGACAAUCACUCCUCAUGAGGCGAGUAAGAUUACAGGCCUUGAGGCAAGGGGUGUAAGCGUGGAUGCUGGUUAAUAUGACAUGAGUUUGGAUGAGCUAUACAAGUUGUUCGAGGAAUUUGUUGGUUAGGAUGUAUUCAAAACUGAGUUGGAGUUUUGUCGAUCCGUUAAAGAUGUCGAUUCCGUUUUCAUACCCAGUGGAAGAAAUAAGUUGAAUAAGAAGAUCAAGCUAACUAACUUGAAAAAGAAAUUUGAGGGCACAAAGGAUGAAGUAAAGGAAGGGCUGUUGGUAAUGAAUGAGAUCAGAGUGAAGCAAACUGGUACCGCCUACUUGCUUUAUACUCUUGGCAGAGAUAUUUUCCCGACCUUACGGGAAAUAAGGUGAAUGCUAAUUAUCUCCAAUUGAUAAAGAAUAUUGAUACCGUUAACAAGUAUGCUUGGGGAACGACUUCUCUAGCUUACCUGCUGGACCAACUUGCGGGCGCUUCUAGGUUGACAAGCACAAACAUUGGAGGAAACUUCACUAUGCUUCAGGUGUGGGUAUAUGACCCUUUCCCAAUUUUGGGAUUGACCAAUAAGCUUGAAAAAGAUGUCGAGUGGGUUGAUACAGAUCCAACAGCAGCAAGGUACGAGUAUGAGGACUCGAAGAAAAGGAACAAAAAACAGUUGGUGGCAAGUUUGAGGGAGAAGUUAGAUACAAUGGGUGUUGGUAAUGUCCUUUUUCAACCUUAUGUGAAGGAAGAUGAAGAAGAUGAAAUUGUUGAAGAUGAGGAUAUGCCAGUGGUUAUGUACCAUGGUCCAUUGUUUUAUCCUGGUGGUUAUGUCAUAUACGAUCCUCGGCGAAUACUCCGUCAAUUAGGAUGUAUCCAAAAGGUUCAUUUGUUUGACAAGAAAUUCAUGUUGUUGCCAAAGGGUGGAAAUAGAACUAAAAUCACCACUUCAUCAUGGGAACCAAAGUAUGAUCCCGGACCCACCUUUGAGUAUUGGAAGACUUUAGAUAAUAACAAAUUAGAUGCUGCCAAGUUAGUACCUUUAGGUGAUGAUCCAUGUGAAGAGGAACCGGGCUAGAUGGAUUGGUAUAACCAGAUUUCUCAUCCCUUCAUUAUUAAUAAGAAAAGUCAAAAGAAAGCUGAUAAGGCAAUCAAGAUCUCUGCCAAUUCUACUUCAGAAGAACUAGUGAUGGCUCUCAAGAUAAUGGUUGCCGCAGGUAGGGAGAUGUUGAAAAAAAUGAAGAACAAACUUGGUUGCAAAACAUCUUUGACUGUUAAAGAACAUAAAUACCUCUGCAACAAGUGGGGUGCAAUUAUAAACAAA